UCCGAUGACACCCGAGCCCUACCGGCCUUUUUCGAUGAGUUGGAUAAGAAUAAGCAGAGUUUAGGCGUGUUUUCGUGUGGUGUCAAUGUGUCGUCCAUGGAUGAUGUGUUUCUGAAGGUGAUCGACACCGAGAACAACAAAAAGCCGGUUCAGCCCCGAAAGUCCAUACAACUGGAAAACGGCAUUCAUUUAAACAACAACAACGGCUAUAACAACAACAAUGAGUUCAAAAAGUUCACUGAAGUCCAGUCCCAGAAGGUCCAGUCGCCCCGCGAGCUCACCCUACUUAAGCUCAAAGCGCUGAUCGCCAAACGCAUACACGACAUGAAACGGUCCACUCGUACGGUCGUCCCCAUCAUGAGUAUAGCCAUCGGCUGCGUGUUCGCCGUCUUAGGGCUCAUCGAAACCACUGUCAACUCGACCAACAAGACGCCCAACUGGGAGCUGGACAUGAAUACCCGGGCGGCCGGCUAUGCGCCCGAGCUAUUCGGCUUCUACUACCAGUUGGAACAGUUGCCCGAGUCUUAUGGCCAGUACUACAUGCCGGAGGCGCUCCGGGAGUCCGUGAGGGCCCAGGAGUUCAAAGUGGAUCCCACGGAGAAACUACUGAACGACUCGAUCAAAGACCUCAACAUAUAUAGGGAGCGGUGGUUAGUGGGCGCCUCCCUCGAGAAGUACAGGAAUCGCAAUGUGUACAUAGCCUGGUAUAACGGGGAGGCCCACCACUCGUUGCCUAUUAGUGUGAAUAUUCUGUAUAAUGCAUUGCUUAAGAAGUUGGUGGCUGAGUCUAAUAGUAGCCUGGUGAGACCAGAGGACGUGGGUAUUAGUCUACACCAGCAAACGUUUGAACAUUUUAACCCCCACUCAGCGUUUUUGCCGUUUUUUGGUCGCGUCUAUAAUAGCAUUUUUAUACCCUUUUCGGUCUCAUUUAUCGCCGCAUUCUAUGUGUUAUUCCCGACUCAUGAAAGAGUGUCAAAGGCUAAACUACUACAACUCAUGACUGGGCUCAGUAUUAGACUGUACUGGCUGUCAAACUUCAUAUUUGAUUACGCGCUGUAUUUACUAUAUUUCUCGACAAUGUUUCUCGUGUUUCUCAUUUGGGACCGAGUUUUCCAGUACGGGCUGUACUUCUCGACCAUUUCAUCCACUAGUGAGUCCACACACACUUUUACUACCUGUCCAUUAGACUAA